AUGACGGCCUCUGCAUAUGCCAUGCCAAAUGGCGACGGCCAGUAUGGCACUGCUUCCCAGUCGCAGUCUCCACCGAGGAGCCAGGCCGGCAACGCUGGGGUACAGCACCAGCGCACUUAUCAGGCAUGUAUCCCAUGUCGCCAGAGGAAGGUGAGAUGUGAUCUGGGCUCCGUCGACAACCCUCACGACCCACCGUGCACGCGCUGCCGCCGAGAGUCCAAGGAGUGCUACUUCUCGGCGACCCGCCGCAAGAAGAAGAACGGCAACGAGAACAACGACUCCGAAGCAGGCGACGAGGUCUACGAGAUCCGCGGCGGAAACAGGAAGAGACUGAGGUCUUCCGUCCCAGAGUACGAAGAACCAGUUGAGGACGAGUAUGUCGAACGUCCUCGCACGCCCGGUGGCUCCGUCGGACGAACCGUACCUCUCCGUCGCCCAACCGCUCCAAGAUCUGUGCAAUAUGGCGAAGAAGAUGAGAAGGCGAGUGAGCACACUGCUGCAUUCUUACAACAUGCAGAGCUUCAUGGUGGCCACGACGCCUUAAAGGUACUGUACCAGGCUGCAGUUUCCAAAGCCGGCAGGUCGGACAGCAUGACAAGCAGUGGCACUCGCCCCACCACAGGCUUGAAUGGUUUCACGAGCGCCUCUGUGCCAUCUGCGACUAGUCCGAUCGUGGAGAAGCUGCCUGGCACAAGCUAUACCAAUGGACCCAUGUCUGUAGUGCAGAACGAUCCGCUGUGGAGAGUUCAGACUGGCCAGACUUCCAACAACGAUGGCCUUUUCGAUGCUAUUCCGAUUGACAAUCCGACUUACGCUGCCGCUACCAAGGCAUGGAGCCGCUUCAAGUUCGUGCGCGCUGGUUGGUUCACUGCCAAGGAGGGCAUGGACUACAUCCUCUACUUCUACAAGUACUUGGCACCUCUGACCCCAGUCGCCCUCCCUGACUUCAGACAUCCAAGCACUCACAAGAAGUUGCUUGAGGAGGAGCCUAUGCUUGCGGUCACCAUGCUUCUGGUCGCAUCGCGUCAUAUGAAGCUCGACGGUCCAGGAGCUCAGAGUCGGCCCUACGCCAUUCACCAGAAGACUUGGGACUAUCUUUCAGGAAUGAUCGAUCGCCUUGUUUGGGGUCAAGAGCAGUUUGGCGGUGGUUUCUGCGGUGCUGGCGCUCAGCCUAGCUGCGACGUCAACCCACUCACCCGUAAAGGCCUGAGAACCUUGGGCACCGUGGAGUCUUUGGUACUGUUAACCGAGUGGCACCCACGAGCAAUGCAUUUCCCACCAACUGAAGACGACGACGAUCUCAUGCUGCCCGACCAGCCGCUGAGCACACCAGAUUCAUCUGAAGAUGUCCCGCGAGGCAUCGGCGGCCACCGCAUGGAUGCUUGGCUCGAGCCUUGCUGGCGAAGCGAUCGCCUGUGCUGGAUGCUUCUGGGUAUGGCCAUGUCUCUUGCUAUGGAGAUUGGUGUGUUCGACUCGAGUGAGUGGCAGCGCCAUGCACGAUCUUCGGACGGCGGUCCACUCUCUGCAGAAGACCUGACCACAUACGACAAGCGUCGCAGCAACGUACGAGAUCUACUCUUGGUCUAUGUGACUCAGACAAGCGGCCGCUUGGGAUUGACCUCCAUGCUUCCGGGAUACUACAGCAAGCCAGAAGAGAGCGAUCUCUUCCGACGCCAGCUCGGCCAGCAAGACAGCGUGCAGGACAUCACCCUCCACUUCUGGCUUCGCAUGGCUGCACUCAUGAGGGAUGGAAAUAACAAGAUCUUCCCCAACAAGACUUUCACCCGCGACCUCAUCCGCAAUGGCAACUACAAGGCAGCGCUCGAGCAGUUUCAGCAGCCCCUUCGAGACUGGCAGCGCGAGUUCGACGACUGCAAGGUCAUCCCCAAGUACAUGAAGUGCAUAUUGCGAAUCGAGUUCGAAUAUUGCCGCGUCUACCUGAACGCACUCGGUCUCCAAGCUGUUGCCGAGCGAUGUGCCAACGACCAGCCAUCGCCCAUUGAUCCGCCUCUUGAAAUGGCUCGUGCUGCUGUAGCCUCUUCGAACUCGGAUGGCCAGCCUGUCGCUAUCGCACCAGCUACUCUUUCGAAGUGGCUUGGUGGCGAUCGCCAUUACAUGCAGAAUGUUGGCGAUGCCGCUCGCAACCUGUUGAAGGUGGUCGUCGAGGAGCUCAACACCGAUGGCUACCUGAGGCAUGCACCAGUCCGCACGUACUUCCGCAUCAUCAGCGUCGCCAUUAUGCUGUUCAAGUCUUUCUCUCUGGGCGCGACUGAGAGCGACGUGACUGACUCACUCAACCUCAUGGAUCGCACUGUGGAGGCCUUGAGGACUUGCAUCGUCGAUGAUGUCCACGUUGCUAGCCGUUUCGCCGACCUUCUCGACACCCUCUCUCGGAACCUCAAGCCACGUCUGGUUCGGAUCGCUGCAGAUGGUGGUCGCGCCACCAAGAGUCGUCGCGUAGGACAGCAUCACGAAUUCGCUCAGCAGGCCCGCCUCACUCCCAUGUCUAACCAGUCCUCCCAUGCUCGCUACGACUCGCAAGCUUCAGCCGGGGCAGUGCCAAACCAGCAGCAAUGGGGCUACAAUAACAUGGUGUCUCCGUCCACUGUUGCCGGUGACAAUCCAAUGUACGGCAUCAACAAUGAGACGUUCGAUCCUAUGGGUGCCAACAACUCGUACUCGGUUAUGCCGCCACCAGGAUUCAGCACGCACUCUCCAAACACUGCCAACGCUACGAACAUGUCUUCUGGCACCCCCAAUGGCUACGAUGCCUUCUCGAACGGCGGCUUCAACGACCAGCAGGCGCAGGACUGGUACGCUCUACCCCUUGAUCCCAUCCUCAAUAUGACCGGCGCCGACGUCACCAACUCAAUGUACGGACCGGACAUUGGUGGCCAGGACAUGCUUGAGCUUCUUCUGCAGGGCAACCAGCAGUUCUAG